GCUUUGCCAUGCGACAGUUUUCCAAGUGCCAACAUCAUCCCUGGACUGACUGCGCAUGCGCACGACGAUCCCAUUCUUGUCCUGCAGGCAGAAUUCCGGGUGGAGAGUGUGAGAGAAAGAGAAAGACAAGAGAUUUGAGGCCGUAGACUGUGUAUUUACUAUAAGAAAGACGAGCUGUAUGUUCGAACCAGCUGCGGCGUUUAAGCGGGAUAUGGGCUCUCCAGGGCAGAUCCCGGGACAAGACAUGGAGCUCUAAGCUAGCCCUCUCCAUCCAUCUCCAUUUGCUGCCUUGCACACCACUCGCCAAAACCGCCUCUUCUACCCCUCUAUAGUGGUUUGGCUCAGACUCCCCUAAGAGAAGAAGAGGGGAAAAAACCCAAGUGGGAGGGAGUAGUAAACUUUCCCCAGCUGCUGUCCAGACACACACAUGCUGCAUUGCUGCCAUUCCCCAAGCCCUGCUCCAUCCAUCCCUAGGGCACGGCCACUAGCUUGCUAGCGAUCUAGCACUUCGCACAAAGACGAGGCCUGCCCUCGGGGAUAAAAAUACAAGCAGACUGUGUACACUUGCCUCUUUCUUUUUUCUCCCUUUUCUGGGACACCCAGCCACACACUCAUUAACUGGGGCUCCUUUUGUUUAGCUGUCAUUCCCGCUGCUUUGAGCAGUGGAGGAUUGCUAGUAGCCAGUCAGUCAUUCAGCCAGGCAGACUGAGGAAGCCAGAGGGGUUAGUUAUCAGAGGCCAGGAUGAUGGAGCCCAGCAUGGAGAACUGCCUGGCCCAGGUCCUGCAGAAGGACAUGGGCCGACGGCUGCAGGUGGGACAAGAGAUCAUUGAUUACAUUUUGGACAAGGAGAAGUCCCAUGACCUGGAGCAGGAUCAGACAGCAUUGGACAAGAUGGUCGAUGGCAUCGCCAGCUCCUGGGUCAACUCCAGCAACUUCAAGGUGGCUCUGCUCGGCUUGGACCUCUUAUCUGCCUUAGUGACAAGGUUACAGGAGCGAUUUAGGGCCCAGGUGGGAACAGUUCUGCCCAGCCUUAUUGAUCGAUUGGGAGAUGCAAAAGAUCAAGUGCGAGACCAAGACCAAACACUGCUGCUAAAGAUCAUGGAACAAGCUGCCACCCCGCAGUAUGUGUGGGACAGAAUGCUGGGAGGCUUCAAACAUAAGAACAACAGGAGCAGAGAAGGAGUGUGCCUUUGCCUCAUCGCCACGCUGAACACAUACGGAGCUCACGGCCUGACCCUCAGUAAAAUUGUUCCCCACAUAUGUAACCUCUUGGGGGACCCCACAAGUCAGGUACGUGACGGGGCCAUGGGCUGCUUGGUGGAGAUCUACAGACAUGUGGGAGAGAGGGUGAGGAUGGAUCUCAGCAAAAAGGGCCUGCCACAGUCACGAUUGAAUGUAAUCUUCAGCAAAUUUGAUGAAGUCCAAAGAUCCGGGAACAUGAUCUCGUCCUCUGGCUCAGAUAAGAACUUUGAGGAUGAAGACUCUGUGGAUGGAGGCCGGUCCUCCUCCUCUUCAUCAUCCAAAGCACCCCCCAGUGGCAGGAGAACUGUAGUGAACUCUGUUAGAAGACCCAGCUCAGCCACCGCAGCUAAGGCCACAGGUAAAGAAGCAGGUGCCGGUGCUGUUGAUGAAGAGGAUUUCAUCAAAGCCUUUGAAGAUGUGCCCUCAGCCCAGAUAUACUCUAACAGAGAGCUAGAGGACCAGCUGACCAAGAUCAGAGAAGUGCUGUCUGAUGACAAACAUGACUGGGAGCACAGAGUGGUAGCGUUGAAGAAGGUCCGCUCUGUCAUGCUGGCCGGGGCAGUUGAGUACGAGGGUUUCCCUCAGCAGCUGCGUCUCCUGGAGGCUCCCCUCAAACUGUCAGCUAAAGACCUGCGCUCACAGGUGGUCCGUGAGGCCUGCAUCACACUAGGACAUUUGUCAUCAUUGCUGGGUAACAAGUUUGACCACGGAGCGGAGAGCAUCAUGCCCACACUGCUGAACCUCGUGCCCAACAGUGCCAAAGUCAUGGCCACGUCGGGAAUGGCCGCCAUUCGCCUCAUCCUCAGGCACACACACUACCCACGUCUCAUCCCCAUCAUCACCAGUAACUGCACCUCCAAGUCAGUAGCAGUCAGACGACGCUGUUAUGAGUUCCUAGACCUCAUGUUACAGGAGUGGCACACUAAUACACUGGAAAGACAUGUGGCUGUUCUGACUGAGACUAUCAAGAAAGGCAUACACGAUGCUGACUCUGAGGCCAGAUCCAUCGCAAGAAAGUGCUAUUGGGGUUUCCAUGGUCACUACAGCCGGGAGGCAGAGCAUCUGUUCCAGGCGCUGGAGUCCACCUAUCAGAAGGCCCUCCAGUCUCACCUGAAGAGCUCUGACAGCAUCGUGUCUCUACCCCAGUCUGACCGUUCCUCGUCGUCUUCCCAGGAGAGUCUCAACCGGCCACUGUCUGUGAAGAGUGUCAUUGGAGGGAGCAUAACAAGGAGUAAGCUGGUGAGCACCAGGGGGCCUACUACACCGGGUUCCCUCCAGCGCUCCCGUAGUGACAUCGAUGUAAACGCCGCCUCCAGUGCCAAGUCACGUCUGUCCACCGUUCCUGCGUCCUCAGCGUUCAGCUCUGCGGCUGCCCUUCCCCCCGGGUCCUACGCCUCCUUAGAUGGCACUCCUGGUAAAAGCGAUGGUCGUGUUCGUACCAGGAGACAAAGCUCGGGCAGUGUGACCGGGGCCAGUACCUCAGUGGUGGACAGUAGGGGGCGCAGCCGAGCCAAAGUAGUCUCCCAGUCCCAGCGAUCCAGAUCAGCUAAUCCCAUCAGUGCCGGCAGUCGCUCCAGCUCCCCGGGCAAGCUGCUCGGCCACAGCAGCUAUGGCCGGAUCCCUCGAGCCACGGUGUCGGCCUCCACCACGACGGCAGACAAGCGCAGCAGGAUCCCUCGCAGCCAGGGCUGCAGCCGUGAGACCAGCCCCAGCCGAUUGGGCCUCGCCAGCCUGUGUGGUAAAGCUCUUCUUCCUGCUGCUCUUCCCUACCGCACGCUAGCCCGGAGCCGCAUUCCCCGUCCCAGCAUGAGUCAGGGUUGCAGUCGCGACACCAGUCGCGAGAGCAGCCGCGACACCAGCCCUGCUCGGGGCUUUGCUCCUCUGGCCUCCCGACGUCACUCCCGUUCAACCAGUGCUCUCUCCACAGCCGACCCCCACAGCCAGUCAGACCGAUAUGGUCUGAUUCACCAAGCAAGAAUCUCUGCGUCAGUCAACGCCAUGAGGGUCCUUAACACUGGCACAGAGGUGGAGGCAGCAGUUGCUGAUGCUCUGCUAUUAGGAGACUCCAGGAAUAAGAGGAAGCCGUUGAGGCGGAGGUACGAAUCCCCGGGGAUGUACUCUGAUGACGAUGCCAACAGUGAUGCGUCCAGUGCUUGUUCAGAGCGCUCAUAUGGCUCAAGGAACGGAGGCAUCCCCCAUUACCUGCGCCAGACGGAGGAUGUGGCGGAGAUCCUGAACCACUGCGCCAGCUCCAACUGGUCAGAGAGGAAGGAGGGCCUGCUGGGCCUGCAGAAUCUCCUCAAGAGCCAGAGAAUACUGAGCCGAGUGGAGUUGAAGAGACUUUGUGAGAUCUUCACAAGGAUGUUUGCAGAUCCACAUAGCAAGAGAGUGUUCAGCAUGUUCCUGGAGACUCUUGUGGACUUCAUCACAGUACACAGGGAGGACCUGCAGGACUGGCUUUUUGUCCUGCUCACUCAGCUGCUGAAAAAGAUGGGAGCAGACCUGCUUGGCUCAGUCCAGGCCAAAGUCCAGAAGGCCCUGGAUAUCACAAGGGAGUCCUUCCCAUUUGACCAACAGUUCAACAUUCUGAUGAGGUUUAUCGUCGAUCAGACUCAGACACCUAAUCUCAAGGUUAAGGUGGCCAUUUUGAAGUACAUUGAGUCCCUGGCUCGGCAGAUGGACCCGACAGACUUUGUCAACUCCAGCGAGACUCGCCUGGCCGUAUCUCGCAUCAUCACCUGGACCACUGAACCCAAAAGUUCUGAUGUCAGGAAGACCCUUCAUAUCUGGGUGAGCGAGGAGCUAGCUGGCAGGUCCAGUACUGCAGCCUUACUGUCCACUGAGGGCAACCAGGAAGAAAGGUGUAAGCAGGCGGCCCAGGUGGUGCUGAUCGCUUUGUUCGAGCUCAACACCCCAGAGUUCACCAUGCUGCUGGGAGCUCUGCCCAAAACUUUCCAAGACGGAGCCACCAAACUGCUGCACAACCACCUGAAGAACUCCAGCAAUACCAGCAGCAGUGUGGGGUCUCCGAGCAACACCAUUGGCCGGACGCCGCCACGCCACACCCCCAGCAGAACCAGCCCCCUCACCUCUCCAACAAACUGUUCCCACGGAGGCCUGUCUCCAAGUCGGUUAUGGGGUUGGGGUGUCGACGGACUGUCAAAGCACCCCCCUGCCCCUCCUCCUCCUCCUCCGCCCCACUCCACCCCUGCUGCCCCCUCCCUAAGGGUCCUGCGCAGAGCAUAUUCACCCAGCAUGAUGGAGUAUGACACCGAGAACAUGAACUCGGAAGAGAUCUACAGCUCGCUGCGCGGUGUCACCGAGGCCAUCCAGAGCUUCAGCUACCGGAGCCAGGAGGACCUGAAUGAGCCAAUCAGACAGGAGGGCAAGAGGGAUGAUGCAGCAGGAAGGGAAGGCGUAGCGUCCUCUCCUGGCUCUGACGCCCGCCUGGGCUUAGACAUGGUGGAAGGGGGUCGCACCGCCUUAGACAACAAGACCUCACUACUCAACACGCCGUCACCUCGCUCGUUCUCUGGGCCACGGAGCCGUGAGUUCGCUCCUUAUGGCUACGGAGAAACCAUCUGCACAUAUGACAAGAGCGCCCUGAAGGAGGCCGUCUUUGAUGAUGACGUGGAGCAGUUCCGCGACUGCCGACGGCAGGAAAGUGGUGAAAACAAGAUGAUGCUCCCCAAGGUCUUUGCUCCUGUCGGUCAGGACCACUCAGACCUGGUAGCCGACCUGCUUAAGGAACUGUCCAAUCACAACGAGCGUUCUGAGGAGCGCAAAGGCGCCCUGGUGGAGUUGCUGAAGAUCACACGUGAAGACAGCCUGGCUGUGUGGGAUGAACACUUUAAAACUAUUCUCCUCCUCCUGCUGGAGACACUGGGAGAUAAAGAUCACAUCAUCCGAGCCAUGGCCCUGCGUGUGCUGAAAGAAAUUCUGAGGAACCAGCCGGCCCGCUUCAAAAACUAUGCUGAGCUAACCAUCAUGAAGACCCUGGAGGCUCAUAAAGACUCUCACAAGGAGGUGGUGCGUGCAGCCGAGGAGGCAGCGUCCACCCUGGCCGGCUCCAUCCACCCGGAGCAGUGCAUCAAGGUGCUGUGCCCUAUUGUGCAGACAGCCGACUACCCCAUAAACCUGGCUGCCAUUAAGAUGCAAACCAAAGUCAUUGAACGCAUCGCCAAGGACUCCUUACUGCAGCUGCUGCCCGACAUCAUUCCUGGACUCCUUCAGGGCUAUGACAACACAGAGAGCAGCGUUCGCAAGGCCAGCGUGUUCUGUCUGGUGGCUAUCUACUCUGUGAUUGGCGAGGACCUCAAACCCCACCUGGCACAGCUCACAGGCAGCAAGAUGAAGUUACUGAACCUGUACAUCAAGCGGGCCCAGACGACCAACAGCAAUAGCAGCAGUUCCUCGGACGUCUCCUCUCACAGUUAAUGGAGGGAGGUUUCAUUUGGAAACCCUGUGGACGGACGGCGUUCGAGGAUUUCCAGGGCAUAGACACGCUUCUUGUCUCUGAGCUUCCCCUCCUCCUCCUCCUCCUCCUCAUAACUCGAGCUUCGCUGCAUUUUUCUCCUGUUUCGAGGAGAUCCUGUCAGCAACCUAUUUGUCAUUUAGUUCCUCCUCCCCACCUUUGCUCUAGAAACUUUUGAAUGUAACUGUGGCUUGGUUUUAGACUGGUGGGGAGGGAAUCAACACAUUUGGAGUUUUUGGAUCUAGGAAAUGCACUUUCUCUUCCUCCACAGUUCCCACAACCUCCACACCGCCUUUUGUCAAUGGAAGCAUGUUUCUCCUUGAGCCCUCAGAUUUGGUAGAAUAAGGAUUUCAUACAUGAUGCCGUGAAAUAUUCAUCAUCAGAGUGGAGAAAAUGUCAUUUGGCUGGCCCAGUGAUGGUAAUAAGCCCAUAGGUUUUGGGAUGAAUUCUAGUUUGGGGAGCAUAAAAACCAAAUAUUAUAAGGAGGAAAAAAGAAAUGUGUAAGGGAACAAUUUGACAGAAAAAAAGAAAGUACUGUAUGAGCAUUUUUAGUUAAUGUUUUAAGUUUAUUGAUCAUGGCUCAUAGAAGCCUGUGUGUCUUUUUUUAAUGCUAAUUUGUAAUUAAGAGUGGCUUCAUCAAUUUAAUCCCCCUUUUUCACUUAAGGUAACAAGUUGCCAAAAGAUCACUUGUCAGCUCAGAAUUGACAAUCCUUCAAAUUUUGUGCAAAUCUUUAUUUUAAGGUACCGAAGAUGAAAUCACGGCACAAUUAAAGUUGUCUGAACUUGUCUUGAAAUUCACGAUCAGCAGACAGCAGAAGCUGAGGCUAUGAAAAGUUGCAGUAUUUUCACACGGACCUUUCCUGUUGUGUUUGUUUGAAAACAGUGCUUUCACAAACAUGUGUGGCAUCGUACCUGUAAAUCUCUGAGGCUGCUGCUCAGUCGAGUGACUCUGUUUGAAGAGGAAGUCCUCUGUAAAUACUGCAGAUGUUUUCCCUGCUUGGAGUUGGAAGCGAUCCAAGACAGUCGACAAGACAUUACCAGGCCUUAUUCACUUUACACACACUAAGGUUUGUUGACUGGGACCGCGGAGAGUGAAUGAGACGGACAGCACUGUAACUCUUGGCUCUCACAAAAUGUGAAUCUGCAGGAAAAGGGACCGACAGCAUUCUUGACCUGUGUUGAUGCAAAUACAGUAUUAGUUGUUUCCUCGGAUCUCCUUCAGUUCCCCUUCACGUAACCACAGCUCCUGCAAUAACCGUAAAUCCACAAAUAAAGGUAUUUUGUACAUACACUUUUUGACCGCUGCUUCGCAAAAUUUUACAUAAUAUCAAGUAAAAAAAAAGAAAAGUGAACCAUUUGACUAUCUCACUUUUUUGCACAUUAGCAAAAUAGCUUGCAUGUAACCUGCAGCACAUGUCAACUUUGUGCUGACUUGAAGGACCCGGGUUUUUGGCUGUUAAAGUGCACUUGAACUAUCAUCAGAUUACUCCUCCUCAAUUUUAAUGUUUCAGUAAAGGAGGUAGUCACGUUAGCCAUGCUCAUAUGUUAAAGGUACAAAAUGGCACAACAACUGUGACCAAAACUAUGUCUUUGGUAUAUUUAAGCUGAGAAAUCAUACCUCUGGGCACGGUUGUGUUUUUUAAUUUCAGUGUUAUGUUUGAGGUAUCAAGAAGCUUUAAAAUGUUGGAUUCCUGAAAUGAGAUCACUGUCAAAGUUGAUGGGUUCCCAUAGUUUACCCCAGAGGCCCCAAAGAGAUACGAGUCCAGCCAUGGAUCCCCGUUUGGGAAGAGUUAACCCCCUCUGAUCAGAUUUUUAUUGUUGGAUAUGAUCUGGAUCAUCAUGGUACAGUUAUUAAUCUAUUGUAGGAAGGGAUCAGACUCAUGCCUUUUCAAUGCUGCCAUCAUUUGUUAACUUCUAGCAAUUUAAUCAUAUAAUAAGGGAAAGUAUUUCACCUGGGGACAGCCUGAGUCUUUGGAUGGACAAUGUGGGACUCAGUGUUUUAGUUGAGUGGUGUUUGCAUUUAGGGAAUCCACUGAGAGUGGGCCAGUUGUGGUUAUUUAAGUAAAUGAAUGUACAGACUAUACACGUGUUAUAAGUAGCUUUUUAAGUAUUGGUACUGAAAAGGAUUUGAGCAACAUGCAGCCCUGUGCACUCUGUAAUACGCCUGUCUGCACUACACCUUACUUUUCUUUCUCCUGAAUUCUUAAAACCAUUAAUAAGCCUAGUUUUGUUUGUAACAGGACUUCUCCCAGUUAAAGCAGAUCUGCACAUGGCAUAAGGGGAAAGUUCACCAAUCGGCAAACUACUGGUCAUUAGCAUCUGUUAUCACAUUACUGGUCCUAGAAACAGACAAGAUGGUGUUCCUUGCAAACUGUUCACUAUGCAUGUUAUACAGUACACUGUCUUUCUUUUGUCUCAGUCGCUCAUGUAAUAUUCAUACCUGUAUUUAUAUAUUUUAUUUGAUCUUAUUUUAUUUUGUUCUCUCAUGAUAAACUGUACAGAAGGUUUUUUUUGUUAACUUCCACCUGUGAUAGAUUUGCAACAAUGUAAAAAAAAUUGUUUGCUCUAGAAAUAAACAGACUACGAACUGA